AUGCACGCAACCUUCCUAAACAUCGAUGUCGACCGCAAGCCCUCCUGCGGUAACCAGUACCAGGGGCAGCCCAAAAACAAAGCAUCCCCAGCGACCGCGGACACAGCGAGAUCCCGAAAUGACCUGGAAGUGAUAUUCAACACUGUGGCCAAUCGUUGGGGUCUGGAGCGGACCAGCCUCAUUCUCACGCCUGAAAAGGACAUCAAGUUCGCGAGGGCCGUGAAAAGAAUGGCCAAAUUAGGAAUCCCUUUCGAACAGGUUAUCGCUCGUUCUAACCAAUCGAUCCUGCGACGGCUAACGUGGGGACGUGGGAAGCGUGGACCGCCUAAUUUCUCGGACAUAGAUCUCAAUAAGAUCCUCCUCAAUGCUCCUGACGCCGUGGACGUUGCUGCAGAGGAAGCUUCGCGCCAAUGGAAUGAUCCGUGCUGCCAUUUACUACCCCGAAAAAUCUUCCAGGCGUCAACUGCGACUCCUAAAGCCCCUUUGGCGGACGCACAGCAGCGACUGGAAGUGAACGAGGCAACCUCCGGCGCAGCCCCAAUCCGGAGGUUGAAAGCGAUACAGCCGCUCAUAUCCCUCGUUGAAGACAGAGCUAUUGCUGAUGUGGGAAUUGCUCAAUCCGCCGUCCCACCCAAAGCCCAAGGAGCUACAACCUCUCUCACCUCUCGCACUGGCAUCGCCAAGGACGAAUCGUACUCGAAAGAAGUUUGCGAGGAAGGGUUUUGGAAGGAUUUGGAAUUUGAAGUCAGCGUGAUUCUAGGAUCCGAAGAAGCUGGGAAGCUCUUCAUCAAACAUCUCCAGGAACGUCUCCUUGAUGCUUCAGACGACAUGACGGCGGAAGCCAUUGCACGAGCCGAUUCAAUGUCUGGCGGCGCUGGCGGCCCAUCCGAUGUUCUUGCUGGUAGCUAA